AUGCCCAGGUGUCUACCUAGUACCGGGGCAGGCACUGCUCGACAUGCUUCGGAAGCCCCUAUAGCAGAUGGAGAGUACACCAAUGGUCAUGCUACAAACGGCAAUCUGAAAAAUGGCCACGACACAAAUGGUUAUAGUUCUUCUAAUGGGGCCGUUAACGGUGCCACUCACGCCGGCGCUAUACCUAUGGCAAUAUGCGGCAUGGCUUGCCGUCUCCCCGGAGGACUGUCGACACCACAGGAGUUAUGGGAAUUCCUUCUUGCUAAGGGUGAUGCUCGUGGCCCGGUCCCCAAGACCCGAUAUAACUUAGCCGGACAUCAUUCUACCACCGUCAAGCCCAGCAUGGUUACGACAGAUCACGGAUUCUUCCUCGACGAAAGCGUGGAUUUGGGAGCUUUGGACACAUCAUUCUUCACCCUGCCGCGGUCAGAAGUAGAGCGUGCAGACCCGCAACAACGCUUGUUGAUGGAAGUCACCCGGGAGUGUUUUGAGGACGCAGGAAUUACUAAUUGGCGAGGAAGGACCAUUGGCUGCUACGUUGGAAACUUCGGAGAAGAUUGGCUUGAGAUGUUUGCCAAGGAGUCUCAACAAUGGGGUAUGCAUCGAGUAGUCGGCACGGGAGACUUUGUGCUCUCGAACAGGUUAUCAUAUGAGAUGGAUCUGAAAGGACCAAGUAUGACCAUCCGCACGGGGUGUUCUGCAGCACUCGUCGGUCUAAACGAGGCUUGCAUGGCUAUCUCGAGAGGUGACUGUGAGGCCGCCGUGAUCGGUGGCGUCAAUCUCAUAUUAGGUCCAAGUAUGACUGCCGGGUUGACAGAACAAGGCAUUCUGUCAAAGGAUGGCUCUUGUAAGACAUUCUCGGCGGAUGCGAAUGGGUACGCCCGUGGUGAAGCAUGUGCUGCUAUCUACGUGAAACCAUUAAGCGAUGCUAUAAGAGAUGGUAACCCAGUACGCGCGGUGAUAAGGGCUACGUCGCAUAACUUCGACGGCAAAACCCCUGGAAUGUCACAGCCGAGUACUGAUGCACAAGAGGCACUUAUGCGAAGGGCGUACAAAGUUGCCGGCAUAAGCGACUUCUCACAGACUGCCAUGGUCGAAUGCCAUGGUACAGGCACACCAACCGGUGAUCCUAUCGAGACUAAAGCCGUUGCUCGAGUAUUCGGAGAAAAGGGCGUCUAUAUUGGAUCCGUCAAACCAAAUCUCGGCCAUUCCGAAGGCGCAUCCGGUCUAGUAUCCCUAAUCAAGAUGACAAUGGCUCUGGAGAAUCGCAUAAUCCCACCCCAAAUCCGAUUUACAUCUCCCAACCCCAAGAUUCCCUUCAAGGAGGCUAAGCUGACGGUACCAUUGGAACCAACGCCAUGGCCUGAAUCCCGACUAGAGCGUGUGAGUGUCAACUCAUUCGGCGUAGGCGGUGCCAAUGCGCACGUGGUUCUCGACUCUGCUGCCAGCUUUCUUGCAUCUACCCCUAAAAUCUGUGAUGCACCCCUUACACCACAAUUGCUCCUAUACUCCGCCAAUACCACAAAGUCACUUACCCGGAUGAUCGAGAACUACAAGCAAUGGAUUGAGAAGAACCCAGGCAAGGUUGCGGAUUUGGCGUACACCCUAGCACUCAGGAGGGAGCAUCUUACGCACCGCACUUAUGCCAUCGUUAGCAACGGUGUAGUUGAGAAUGCUGCACAACCUACCAAGGCCGGGAAGAAACCCAACGUCGUCAUGGUGUUCACUGGCCAGGGUGCUCAGUGGCCGCUCAUGGGUAAAGAGCUAUUGCAAUCUAACGAGACUUUCAAGUCCGCCAUUCGAUCGCUAGACGGACACCUAAAGACGGAAGAACUGCUCAAGCCCGCCCGGAAGAGCCGGCUGAGCUCGGCAGAGCUCUCCCAACCGCUUUGCACCGCCGUGCAAAUUGCGCUCGUCGACACUCUCAGGUCCUAUGGAAUUCACCCUACAUAUGCCGCUGGGGCACUUACUGCUGAAGAGGCCAUCACCGCCGCCCAUCACCGAGGUGCCGUGACUUCCAAGCAAAAGAAGGCUGGAUCUAUGGCAGCGAUCGGUAUGGGUUGGGGCGAGACUGAGAAGUUCUUGAUUCCCAACAGUGUCACGAUUUCGGGUGAUACGGAGGAUGUCAAGACUGUGGUUGCCACCAUCAAGAAGUCGCGCCCAGACGCAUACCAUUCCUACCACAUGGCCGAGAUUGGGCCCGAUUACCUUUCCCUAAUCGGACAGCAAGUCAAUGGAAACGAGCCCAACAUCCCCUUCUUCUCAAGCGUCACGGGUAAGCUGCUCAACGGAGAGCGUGGCCUCGGGUCGAAGUACUGGAAGUCCAACCUCGAUCUCCUGAAGCACGAAGUUGGACAGAACGCCAUUUUCACCGAAAACUGCAUCUCCUCACUCUUAUCUGCUGUUGGCAAGCUUCAUUCACUCAACGCUGCGCUCGAUCUCCCGGCAGUGUUCCCCAGUGGCACGUGCCUCCCUGAUCUACCUCGUUACCCGUGGAACCACGAAGAGAGCUUCUGGUACGAACCUCGAGUCGUCAAGGAGUGGCGUCACCGCAAAUUCCCCACCGAAUUCGAACCGACCUGGAGGAACCUGUUCCAUCUUUCCAAUGCCCCCUGGAUCCGCGACCACAAAGUCGGCGACGACGUUAUCUUCCCCUUCGCUGGCUAUAUUGCGUUGGCUGGAGAAGCCAUAAGGCAGAUCACCGAAACAAACGAGGGAUUCAGUGUUCGCAACAUUCUUGUCAACAUGGCGCUGGUCUUGGGAGAGGGAAAGCCCACGGAAAUGAUAACUACUUUCCGCCCACACCGUCUGACAACUUCCCUCAACAGUUCGUGGUGGGAAUUCACCCACUGCUCAGGAGAAAUAACAGCACUAUCUUCCGGCCUCACCGCAUCAUCUGAGCCUGACACCCUUCCCCGAAAGGUGAACGCUCGAAAAUGCUUCCAAACCCUCAACACCAUCGAGACAUCGACCAACUCGGAGGGCCUAGCCAUCGGAAAGGUGGUCAAUGGCCGACAAGGAGAUGAGGCUAAUUACCACAUCCACCCGACGGUUAUCGACGCAACCUUGCAGAUCCUGAGUGCGGCCAACUGGCUUCCGACUGGCAUUGACAAGAUCAGCAUCGCCACCAGCAAUCACUCCAUCAUUGGAAAUGGGCGAUGCAUUUCGGAAGGCCAGACCGUGCUGGAAGCUUCGGGCAUCCGCAUGUCUCUCGCGGAUGCUCGCUACGAGUGGUGCUCGGAUAUCAACUUCUUAGACGUGCAAAAAUUGGUUCGACAGCCAGCGGACCGUACUCCUUACGGCCUUCAGCUAGAGCAGCUUGGCCGGCUUUGCAUGGUGGCUGCACAGCGUGCGAUCUCUGGAAAGGAUAUUCACAUACCCCAUCUACAGAAAUAUGCUACAUGGAUUGCUUCGCGAACCAUGCCGGACAGUCUGACGAGCCUAGAUGAUGCAUCCAUACGGGCGCGGAUCGAGAAGCUUACCAGUUACCUGCUCGAAACUCCCGCAGCUUCUGCCGCAACCGCUCUCCAACAAAUCAGCAUCGGGUUCGACGGCCUUUUAUCCGCGCUUUAUGGAUUCAUCGACGAGUCUGAUACCUCUAGCUUCCUUCAAAGCCUGAGCCACUCGAAGCCCAACCUUCAGAUCCUAGAACUAGGAACUGGAAGAGGCUCAUCCGUAACUGAUAUCCUCAAGAACCUUACUCGACCCGACGGCCAAGUGCUGUGCUCCAAGUACACUUACACCACCACCGGUUUCAUUUCCGGCAAGGAUCAACAGAAGCCAUUCCCGAACAUGGAGUACGCCACCUUGGACGUCAGCAAGGACCUCAAGGAGCAGGACUUUGAAGGCGUACAAUACGAUCUCAUUAGCAUCCAAGAAAGCCUCAAAAACAUCAGGAAGCUUCUCCGCCCUGACGGCCGACUCUUGCUGCAAGAGCUAUGCCCGACAUCUAAAUGGAUCAACUACAUCUUCGGAACACAGCCCAGCUGGUGGCUCGGCGCUGCCGACGGCCGACCCAACGAGCCCUACCUCGACGUCAACGCCUGGAAAAUCGAGGCAACGGUCCUAGACUCAGACGAGCCGCACCAACUAACCGCCGUCAUCGUAGCGCGGCCCUCGCAGCCAGAGCAGGCCCAACAACCUAAGCGCGUAACGGUUCUGCACGACGGAGAAGCGACCUCGACCGUCCCGAUCAUCGCCCAGCUCGAGCAAGCCGGCUACGAGAUCACCAAGUGCACGAUCGACGGCACCCCGGCGCCCGGCCAAGACGUCAUCUCCCUCCUCGACCUGUCGGGGCCGUACUUCGAAGCGCUGGACUCGUCGCGCUUCGACGCGUUCCGCGGCUUCCUGCACAAGCUCACCGACGCGGGCCUCCUGUGGGUGACGCCGCUGUGCCAGCUGGGGUGCUCGGACCCGCGGUACGCGCAGGUGAUCGGGCUCGCGCGCACGAUCCGCUCCGAGAUGCUGCUCGACCUCGCGACGUGCGAGGUCGAGGACUUUGGCUCCGCGGCCGUGGCCGAGAAGGUCGUGCAGGUGCUCGCGAACUUCGGCAAGCGCAACGCCGGUGAUGGUGGUGAGGAGGCGCUGCUCAGGCCCGACUACGAGUACGCGGUCCGCGACGACACCGUGUACAUGGGGCGGCUGUACCCGUUCGCGCUGAAGGACGAGCUGCUGACGUCGGAGUCGAGCGAUAAGGCUGUGCUGGAUGUGGGCACACCCGGGCGACUUAACUCGCUGCAGUGGAUUAGGCAGCCCCGCGAGGAGGUGCGCAGCCAUGAGUUGGAGGUCGAGGUGCACUCGGCUGGUUUGAACUUUAGAGAUAUCUUGGUGGCACUCGGCAUUGUCGAGCUCCCCAUCCGACAGUUCGGUCUCGAAGCCGCUGGUAUCGUUACCCGCGUCGGUGCCGACGUCAAGGACAUGAAAGUCGGCGACCGGGUCUGCUGCCUCAAGAAGCACGCGUACUCGACGCAUAUCGUCACGCCCGAUAUCUUCUGCACCAAGAUCCCCGACCGUUUGAGCUUCGACGAGGCGGCUUCUAUGCUCAUGCCUUAUGUUACUGCGAUUUACUCUUUGGUCAAUGUUGGGCGUCUUGAGAAGGGACAGACUGUCCUAGUACACAGCGCAUGCGGCGGCGUCGGCAUCGCCGCGGUCCAGGUAUGUCAGAUGCUCGGCGCGGACCUUUACGUGACGGUCGGCAACGAGGAGAAGGUGCAGUUCCUGAUGGACAACUACCACAUCCCGCGGAACCGGAUCUUCCACUCGCGCAACAACUCCUUCGUCGAAGGCAUUAUGCGCGAGACGAAUGGCCAGGGCAUCGACGUCGUGCUCAACUCGCUGUCCGGCGAGCUGCUGCACGCCACCUGGACCUGUGUGGCGGAAUUCGGCACCAUGGUCGAGAUCGGCAAGCGAGAUUUGAUCGGCAAUGGCAAGCUCGACAUGAACACGUUCUUGAAGAACCGCAGCUACUGCUGCGUGGAUAUUGAUCAGCUCUGGAAGAAGCCGGUGCUGUUGAGGAAACUCAUCCUCUCCACCCUGGAGUACUACGAGAAAGGCCUCACAACCUCGAUCCAGCCCCUGAAGAUCUUCCCGGCCUCCGAAACCGCCGACGCCUUCCGCUACAUGCAGAAGGGACUGCACAUCGGCAAGAUCGGGAUCUCGCUGCGCCCCUCGCACGACGUCCACGACAUCUCCUUCAGCACGACCCCGCGCGCGCGCACCAUGGCCUUCAACAGCUCCGCCUCGUACCUGCUCGUCGGCGGGCUCGGCGGCCUGGGCCGCGCGAUCGCCACCUGGAUGGUCGACAACGGCGCGCGCUCGCUGAUCUUCCUCUCGCGGAGCGCGGGCAAGGGCGCCGCGGACGAGGGGUUCGUCGCGGAGCUGCAGAGCAUGUCGUGCGCCGCGCACCUCGUCGCCGGCGACGUCACCGACCCCGGCGACGUCGCGAGGGCCGUCGCCGCCGCGCCCGCGACGCACCCCCUGAAGGGCGUGAUACAGUUGUCCAUGGUGCUGCGCGACCAGAACUUCGACGUCAUGAGCAUCGAGGACUGGACGGCGGCGGUCGCGCCCAAGGUCCAGGGCACCUGGAACCUGCACCGCGCGACGGAGGGCAAGGGCGACGCGCUCGACUUCUUCGUGCUCUUCAGCUCGCUGUCGGGCAUGAUCGGGCAGCCGGGGCAGGCGAACUACGCGAGCGCGAACACGUUCCUCGACGCGUUUGCGCAGUACCGCAACGGGCUGGGGCUCGCGGCGUCGGUCGUCGACAUCGGUGCUGUGGAGGACGUGGGCUUUAUUUCGCAGCAGGCGGGCUUGAUGAACAAGAUGAAGGCGAGCGGGUUCAAGGGCGUCACCGAGCAGGAGCUGCUGGACGCCAUGGCGGUUGCCAUGAGCGCGCGUCCGCAGGCGGCAAAGGCGAAAGCGGCCAAUGGCGCUUCUCGGUUCGUCGACAGCAAUACUUUCGUCCUGGGUCUGGGCUCGACGAUCCCCCUGAACAGCGCGGCGAACCGCGCGGUGUGGAAGAAGGACCGACGAAUGGCGGCGUACCACAACGCGGCGACCGGCGGCGCGGACGCCGCUGCCUCCAACGAGACGCUGAAGACGUUCCUCGCGACCGUGAAAGAGGACCCCGCGGUCCUGAAGGCGCCGGAGUCCUCGAAGCUGCUGGCGCUCGAGAUCGGGCGCAAGCUGUUCGACCUGCUGCUCAAGCCGCAGGAGGACCUCAACACGUCGUGGCCAUUGGUGGACCUGGGUCUGGACUCCCUGGUAGCGCUGGAGCUGCGCUCGUGGUGGAAGCAGGUUUUCGGGUUCGACAUCAGCGUGCUGGAGAUGUUGGGCAUGGGGUCCCUGGAUGCGCUGGGUCAGCAUGCGGCGGAUGGGAUGAUGAGGGGGAUCACGGAGGAGAAUGAGCGGAAGGAAGCGGAAGGAGCUUCGUGA